GGACACUGCUCUGCAAUCACUGCAGGGCGGCUGUCGGAAGGUGGCUGGUUGGAGGCGGCGCGUCGCGAGGAGUUCCCACGGUCCCACCCCAGGUUUCUGCAGUGGAACUCCAGGGCGCAGAAUGAUUUGGGAAGUCGCUGUGUUGCUUAGUUUGGUCCUGGGAGUUGGUGCUAUUCCUGUGGAUGAUCCUGAGGACGGAGGCAAGCACUGGGUGGUGAUUGUCGCGGGAUCAAAUGGCUGGUAUAAUUACAGGCACCAGGCCGAUGCGUGCCACGCCUACCAGAUUGUUCACCGAAAUGGGAUUCCUGAUGAGCAGAUCAUCGUGAUGAUGUAUGAUGACAUCGCUAACUCUGAAGACAAUCCCACCCCAGGAAUUGUGAUCAACAGGCCCAACGGCUCAGACGUGUACAAGGGGGUUCUAAAGGACUACACGGGCGAGGAUGUCACCCCGCAGAAUUUCCUUGCUGUGUUGAGAGGUGAUGCAGAGGCAGUGAAGGGCAAAGGAUCUGGAAAGGUCUUGAAGAGUGGCCCCCGGGACCACGUGUUCGUUUACUUCACUGAUCACGGAGCCACUGGAAUACUGGUGUUUCCUAACGACGAUCUUCACGUCAAGGACCUGAAUGAGACCAUCCAUUACAUGCACAAACACAAGAGGUACCAAAAGAUGGUGUUCUACAUUGAAGCCUGCGAGUCUGGGUCCAUGAUGAGCCACCUGCCCCCCAACAUCGAUGUUUAUGCAACUACUGCUGCCAACCCCAGGGAGUCGUCCUAUGCCUGUUACUACGAUGAGGCGAGGUCCACGUUCCUGGGGGACUGGUAUAGCGUCAACUGGAUGGAAGACUCGGACGUGGAGGAUCUGACCAAAGAGACCCUCCACAAGCAGUACCAGCUGGUGAAAUCCCACACCAACACCAGCCACGUCAUGCAGUAUGGAAACAAGUCCAUCUCUGCCAUGAAGUUGAUGCAGUUUCAGGGUCUGAAACACAAAGCUAGUUCUCCCAUCUCCCUGCCCCGAGUCAAACACCUGGACCUCACUCCAAGCCCCGAGGUGCCCCUCACCAUCAUGAAAAGGAAACUGAUGAGCACCAAUGAUCUGCAGGAGUCCAGGCGUCUUGUCAAGAAGAUCGACAGGCAGCUGGAGGUCAGAAAUGUCAUUGAGAAGUCAGUGCGGAAGAUCGUCGCCUUGAUCUCAGGGUCCGAUGCCGAGGUAGACAGGCUCGUGUCCCAGAGAGCCCCGCUCACGGCGCACGACUGCUACCAGACAGCCGUGUCCCACUUCCGCACGCACUGCUUCAACUGGCACAACCCCACGUACGAGUAUGCUUUGAGACAUUUGUACGUGUUGGUCAACCUUUGUGAAAACCCUUAUCCGAUUGACAGAAUAAAAUUGUCCAUGAACAAGGUAUGCCUUGGUUACUACUGAAAUGCUGUCGACGCUUUUCUGAAUGUGAACACGUCCCUUAGAAUGUGUGCUGAUCAGAGACAGAAGAGCUGGGGCCAGAGGGAGGCUCCCCCCGCGGCUGCAGGCCCUCCCGGGGAUGCGAUCAGGCCACGCGGGCGGCACUCCAGGCCUCCCCCAGGAUGGCUUGCUCACCUUUACCGACUUCCCCAGCUCCUACAGGUCCUGUGUGAUCCUCUGAAAAAGCCACAGAUUUGGGAGGCUAAAUCUCUGCACUGAGAAAGGUGCAUUUGCUUUUUAAGAGGGUUUUUUUGCCCAUGACUUUUAAGGAGUGACACGUUCACUGGGGCUUCUGCAGCCAGUGAAAGAGUCUUUGAGGAAUUUGAAGUCAGAACCUCUUAAGUCUUUACAGUGAUUUUAUGGAAGAGGGACGUAAACCCCAAAUGGAAAACUAUUUUUAGAAAAUAGUAUAAUUUUUGAUUGCUUUUGUAUUUUAUUUGUCAAUAAUGGACAAGUCUGAAAAAUAAAGAUUUAUAACUGAAUCCGAGUAUUAAUUUCAGGUCCCCGACUUUGUAGUCUAUGCUCCUGGCCCCUCCUGGUGGGGUCCACUCCCCAUCUGUCUGUCUUCCAGCCUCCCCUCUCCCACACCACCACCUACCACUUUGCUCUCCCUGCUCCCCCGACCGCCUGGACUUUUCAGCCUCCUGUGCCUUUGCUCCUUGCUGUGCCUUGUGCCCUGGAGUGCCUUUCCCUCCAUCUGAUCCAUCCUCAAGGUGUAUCUGAAAGUGCCCUGUCUUCCUCAGCUUCCUUCUCUCCUACACACAAAAGUCCCCUCUCCUCUGUCCGUUGGCAUUUGCAUUUUCCUUGGGUCUUUUCCAGCACUUGUAGGGGUCUGCCCUUACACCACGCCUGGGGGCUGGGAGGUUAUCUAAGCUCCUCUGAGGGCACAGGCUGCCUGCCUUGCCUUUGUUUCCCUUGGCCCAGUGUCCCACACGGGGUGGUACUGUGGGUUUGUGAAAGACAUUUAAAAGUAGCACUAACUCUCUCCAUGUAGUGGAAUAUUAUGCGGCCACAUAAAGGAUGAAGCACUGCUACAGCUCCAGCAUUUAGCCAAGGGAAAGAAGCCAGUCACACAAGACCCUGUAUUAUACGAUUUGACUUGUAUCUAAUGUCCAGAAUAAGCAAAUCUAUAGAAACAGAAAGUGGAUGAGUGAUGCCAGGAAGCAGGGAGAGAGGGAAAUAAUAGGGAAACAGUGACUGCUAAUGGGCAUGAGGCUUCUUUUGGGGCUGAUGAAAAUGUUCGGAAACCGAUCAUGAUGAUGGUUGUAAAACUCUGAAUGUACUAAAUAAAACCCAGUGACUUGUACACAUCAAA